AUGUCGUCCGAAAUGAAGACAACGGAGCUUGAGGACUCUCAUUCCUUGGAAAAUGGCUUUUCUAGCGGAGCGUCCCAGGACUUGGUGUACAAUCUCGUACAACAACAGCAACAAGAGCUGAAGGAAAUACCUCCCACGGACUCGUCAAACAGGGACCCAGUCCCAGAUUACAGUAACGACACGGUGUACACGACGAUAUACAAUCUGUUCAGAAACCUGAUAUGGCCCCAGGCUGCUCUCAAAUCGGAAGAGGAGUCGUCUCCCUCGUCUGAAAGCUCUGUUUCCUACUACAUCUACCAUUCCAUCUUGGUGUUUUUCUAUCUGCUCAUGUCGAUUUACAGAUUCUACGAAUACACUUACAACAGAACUAAGCUCAGAUUUCUGAAUCUGGCCUACAACCCAUCAAGAGCACCUUCUCUGAUCAACAGCGACGUGAACAAGUUGCCUAAAAUCCCAUACAGGAUCUCUGCCAUUCUCAAUUACAAGUCUGAGCAGGAGGAAAAUGGUGGUGUUGAAGGUCUUUGCAAUGACGCAUCGGAAAUUGCAGCGUGGUGUUUGUCUUCGGGCAUCCCAAACCUAACUAUCUAUGAAUACCACGGGGUGUUGAAAAAACAUGUUCCUGAGCUUCGCCGCUCGGUGUACCGCAAACUGGUGGCGUACUUUGGAACCAGCAACGUCCCAACCUAUCGCAUCAACAUCCCUCAUUUGAACGUGAGCUACGCCGGCUCGUUCGAUGAUGAAUACCCUUCAGAUCAGGACAAGUUUGAUAUCGAGAUCAGUCUGAUCAGCGUUUUGGAUGGUAGAUCCACAAUUGUCGAACUGACCAAAGUUAUGUCGCACUUGUCAAAGACCCACGAACUCAGCGAAAAAGAUAUCAAUCUCAAGUUUAUCGACCAGGAACUGCAACAGCUGGUUGGACAUGAACCAGAUCUGAUCGUCAUGUUCCAACCUUACCUUAACCUCCAAGGCUACCCUCCAUGGCACACCAGACUCAGUGAGAUGUACUGGGAGCCGGAUAACGAGGAGGUGACCUACGCUGUGUUUUUGAGAGCUCUGCAGAAAUAUUCCACUUGCAAAGUGAACGUUGGCCGUUAG